CGCCCCCUCAUUUGCAUGCUGCACGCCGAUUGGUCACGGCGGCCGCCGGGGACCAGAGGCCGGCCCCCUCCCCCUCCCGCCGCAGCGGCGGCAGCAGCUGGUCUCGGUGUAAACAAGUCGCGGCGGCUGCGAACCCGGGCCGGGGGGGACGGCGCCCACCAGGAGCGCCCCCCUCUCCCAGGCCAGGCCACCCCGGCGGACCGGACCCCCGCGCGCCCAGGCGAGGCACUGGGCUCCCUCUGCUCCCCGUGGGCCGCUCCCCGCGUGGGGCCACUGCCCCCGGCCCCCGCCAUGGUGCGGAUUUCAAAGCCCAAGACGUUUCAGGCCUACCUGGAUGAUUGUCACCGGAGGUAUAGCUGUGCCCACUGCCGCGCUCACCUGGCCAACCACGACGACCUCAUCUCCAAGUCCUUCCAGGGCAGUCAGGGGCGCGCCUACCUCUUCAACUCUGUGGUGAACGUGGGCUGCGGGCCAGCCGAGGAGCGGGUGCUGCUGACAGGCCUCCAUGCUGUCGCUGACAUCCAUUGCGAAAACUGCAAGACCACUUUGGGCUGGAAAUAUGAACAGGCCUUCGAGAGCAGCCAGAAGUACAAAGAGGGGAAGUACAUCAUUGAACUCAACCACAUGAUCAAAGACAACGGCUGGGACUGACCCCUGCUCCUGACGCAUGUGGCGCCAGCCCGGCCUGGCCGCCAGGGGGCGCCACUGGCUUCCCUUCAGCCGAACGGAGCUCUGGACCCUCAGGCCCCCUUACAGAGGAAGGAUCCAGCUCCUGUACAUAUAUUUUAUUGCAUGCACUGUGACUUUGGGGGGAGAUCGGAAGGUGGACAAAAUGGACGACACCCCCGCACCUCCCUGCGAUCUGGCUGGCUUGGAUCUCGUUUUUAAACCCCUUCCUACCCCGCCUGCCCUCUAGAUAUGGCCUGUGUGCUGCUCUCUUGGCCCCAGUGCACCAUCUGCCCUGUGACGUUCUCCUUCCACCGGGCCCCUCUUACCCCACGCGUGUCUGCUCCCCUUGUUCUGUAGCGUUUGUACAUAAUAAAACAAUGGAGUGGAGACAG